AUGGUGACCGUUUCUCCCAAAGGCGAAGUCUUCCACGCUCCCACCGAGGACACCGAAAGGGCCUUGGUGACCAUGAAGAACAACGGUGUUAUCCCGUCCGACGUGUCCGUCCGGAUGUGGCUGGAAGUUGUCGAGGAAACUUGCCGUCGCGACGAAGCUCGGGUUCAGCAGGCCAUUGCGGUCGAGUGGGGAAAGAGACAGAGUGGUCAGGAGCAGCACCAGCCACCUCAAGAGCAGGUUGCCGCGGGCAACGCACCGCCUGCGGUCAGCUCCAGUGGUGCUGAGCCCCAAGUGGAGCAGGAGGAGAAGGACGACGCCGCCAGCGACGGCGAACCCCGAGCAUCUGCCCCCGCAGCAGCAGCAGCAGCUCCCGCCGCACCCGCCGCACCCGCGGACAUGGCUCUUGCGCAGCAGCACCGGGAACAACGACGUCAGCUACAGCAACAGCUUGGAGAGGAGCUUCAAGUGAAGGUGUCGCACGCUGCGACCGAGGGUGGAGCCGGUCAUGCCCAAGCCGAGGAGGCCGCCGCCGGUGGAGCCUCGGGCGCAGCCGGAGAGAGCGACGGCGGAGCCAGCCAAGUCCAAGCCGAGGAGGCCGCCGCCAGUGGAGCCUCGGCGGCCGCCGGAGAGGACGAGGUGUGGCCGGGACCGGAGGAGGCUCUGUGGAAAUUGAGGCGGAGGCUACCGGUGGCGGCCCAGCCGAAGUUGGAGGGGGCGAGGGUGGGGUCGGUCAAGCCCAGGCCGAGGAGGGGGCGGGCGGCGGGCAGCAUAGAGGAGAGGCUCCCGCGGAGGCCCGCGGCCAGAAGCGUGGUCUACCUGAGGACUUUUAAAGAUACUGCCAAGCGGGGCUUUCUGCACCCGUUCGUGCGGAGGAAGAGGGGUUGCUCGGCGUUCCCGCUCCCCUCGAGAACAAGGGCGAGAGUGGCACGAGACCUUGGUGGCAACUGCGCCUGA